AUUUGUUUGUUUGUUUGUUUUCCACUUGCAAAAGACAAUUCUUUUCUACUCUCUCGUGUUUAUGUGGGCGUUGUCCACCUUUCACUAAUUUUCUUCAACUGUGACAACCACGACUACUAAGGCGGCAAUGUCUCCCACGUGUGGGAAAGAUGGCCAAUACUCACACGCAUGCCCGGAGGCUAGUGGCGGCGCUGCCUCCGCCACCACUGGUAAAGGGUUUAUGCUCUUCGGUGUUAGAGUCAUGGAGAUGGAGGGUUCAUUCAGGAAGAGCGCUAGUAUGACCAAUCUGGCUCAGUACGAUCAUGAACAGCCUCAGGAUUCCAACGUCGAUGUCGCCGCUGGCUAUGCUUCCGACGACGUCGUUCACACCUCUGCUAGAUGCCCUGAACGCAAGAGAGGAGUGCCAUGGACGGAGGAGGAGCAUAAGCUGUUCUUGUUGGGGUUGCAGAAGGUAGGGAAAGGAGAUUGGAGAGGGAUUUCAAGGAACUUUGUGAAAACAAGAACGCCGACCCAGGUGGCAAGUCAUGCUCAAAAGUACUUUCUCCGCCGGAACAACCACAAUAGACGGCGCCGGAGAUCUAGUCUGUUUGACAUCACCACCGAUAUGUUUCUGAGUUCAGUUCUGGAAGAUCAAGUUCACCAAGAAACCAUCUCGCAACCACCACUGCAGCCGCCGCAUCUAAGCAACAACAUCCAAGUUGAAGGAUUUCGUGUGUCAACUUUUCCGGAGACCCUCUCUGCGACAGUGUUGCCGGUUACAGGCGAGAACUCAAUGGAGAGCCUCACACUAGGACAAAGCAAUCAGGUAAAGAAAUCACCCAACCCCAUCAGGCCUAUCCCUAUUCUUCCUGUCCCUCCAUCUUCAAAAAUGGCAGAUCUCAGUUUAAACCAGACACACACACCCACCACAGACCCUCUUCCUUUAUCUCUAAAUCUCUCCACAACACCAUCAUCGCCAUCCGACCAGCAGUCACCGCCGGCGAAACAUGGUUCAGCUUUUCAAGCCAUGUCAGGCAGCUUUAACAGCAGUAGUAGUAAUGGAGAUAGCAUCAUCAGAGUUGCUUAAUGGGUUUGUGUGUUGUAAAGGGUAAACGACUAAAAAAAGUGGGAUUAGUUGGGUUGGAUUAGACGUUAAGAUUUGGUGAUCAGCUGAUUCCUUGUUGUACAGGUUAGAGAGAUUUUAUGAGAGAUGGGUGCCAUGAUCAUUGGUGGGGAUUUUCUGUUUAUUUUACGUUUGGUUCGUUUUGUAUUAUUGUGGUGCAAACAGCACCAGGUACAACAGACUACUCUCUGUUAUUGGUCUCCUUUUGGUUGUUUCUAGUACCCUUCAAGUUGAAAAAAACAAUUUCUCAAGUUGGAUAUGCUAUUU